AUGACUGAAUCUGCCUUGAGUAGUACCAAUAACGCUUUGAUGCAGAAACUAACAGGCCGACAGCUUUUUGACAAAAUUGGCCGUCCUACUAGAAUUGUAGCUCCAAUGGUAGACCAGUCCGAAUUAGCAUGGCGUAUUCUGUCGAGGAAAUAUGGCGCCACAUUAGCGUACACUCCCAUGCUACAUGCGAAAUUGUUUGCUACCUCGAAGAAAUAUAGGGAAGACAAUUGGUCUUCCCUAGAUGGGUCUAAAGUGGAUAGGCCGUUGAUUGUGCAAUUUUGUGCUAAUGAUCCUGAAUAUUUAUUGGCUGCAGCCAGAUUGGUGGAAGGUAAAUGUGAUGCCGUUGAUUUAAAUUUGGGUUGUCCUCAAGGUAUAGCUAAGAAGGGGCACUAUGGGUCCUUCUUGAUGGAAGAAUGGGACCUGAUACACAAGUUGAUUAGUACCUUGCACGAAAAUUUGAAAAUUCCAAUCACAGCAAAAAUACGCAUAUUUGACGACCGUGACAAGAGUUUGAGUUAUGCCAAGAUGGUAUUGGACGCCGGUGCCCAAUUUUUAACAGUGCAUGGGAGAGUCAGAGAACAAAAGGGACAAAAAACUGGUUUAGCCAACUGGGAAACAAUCAAAUAUCUAAGAAACGAAUUACCUAAAGAAACGGUAUUUUUUGCUAACGGAAAUAUUCUUUAUCCUGAAGAUAUUUCACGUUGUAUGGAAUAUAUUGGUGCAGACGCAGUAAUGAGUGCUGAGGGGAACCUAUACAACCCUGGUGUUUUUAAUGUAGGCCAAACUGAGGAUAAGGACAAAAUAUUUCCACGAGUGGAUAAUAUUAUCAGAGAAUAUUUCGAAAUAGUUAAAGAAUGCCAAGAAUCUAAGGCCUCCAAGACGGCAAUGAAGUCACAUUUUUUUAAAAUUUUGAGGCCUUUCUUACCACAUCACACAGAUAUCAGGUCUGCCCUUGCCACUAUGAAUGCAAAAGCUACAUGGGAAGAGUGGGAGGAAAAAAUAUUGAAACCAGUAGAAAAAGUGGUGCAAGAAAUAUUUAAUCAGUCAGAUAUCGAGAUCAAAGAUGAAAUUGUUAUCGGUGAGAAGCAAGCAUGGGGUGGUUCCUACAGAACUGUUCCGUACUGGAGGUGUCAGCCAUAUUUCAGGCCUGUUAACGGUAUCACCGGUGAUAAAAGAGUUAUGCAAGGUCUAACCAAUGUAGACAUGAAUAAAAAACGUAAGGCUGAUGUACCGUUAGAGUCUGCUGAAAAGAAGAAGGAUGUGAAAGCAUAG